AUGGCCGGCCCGUCCGACGGCGAUCCCGACGGAUGGGUCGAGUUCUGUGAGCGCCAGGCUAAAACUGCCGCUCAGGACUUCGCCAAGGCUUGCUUAAAUUUCAUUCAGACUGGCGUCAAUGAUCCAUCAAGUCGAUCCCACGUCUCACAAAAGGAAUUUUUAAAGAAAUUUGUUGAUUGUUUUACUGAACAGUUUGACUUAGAAUUUGGCAAAUUAAAAGCUCAGCACAAACUACCAAAUGGCACGCACACUGGUCACGACGAAAGUGAUUAUUCGGAAGACACGGACUCUCCAAAAACACAACAUAAACCGUUUUUCCGAAGAUUGUCUUUUAAAGGUCUGCGACGCGGUAAAGGUCUUUUUCACAAACAGCAUUCCGACGAGGUUGAAUUGUCUUCUAAUUUGAAUAAACACAGUAAAACAAAAUUGGCCAAAAUUGUUGUGGAAUGUAGAAAGGAAGGGUUGGUGAAUUACUUAACACCUGAAAGCUUGGAGCAACCUGGUGGUCCUCAGAAAUGGGAAAAAUGCAGAUUAGCUUUAGUGAAGACAGUAGGCGGUUAUAUGUUAGAAUUUUAUUCACCACCAAAGGCUCAAAAACCUCGAAGUGGAGUGUUUUGUUUCCUCAUAUCAGAGGCUCGAGAAACAACUGCCUUAGAGAUGCCAGAUCAUGAAAACACAUUUGUGCUAAAGGCUGACAAUAAUAUGGAAUAUGUAAUAGAAGCAGCGGAUGUCGAUGACAUGAAGUCAUGGCUGGCAACAAUUAAGUACUGUAUGCGAUCAGCACCCACAACACAACCACCUCCUGAUUCACUAGCAGGUAUACCAGAACCUGCUCCACCUGAUCUGCCACCACGUCGGGAUUUACCAGCUAGUACUAGUAAUGCAGAUCUAGCCACCGAUACUCCCGAAGAAGCUGAAUUAGGUUCGAUCGCGGAGGAGGCGUGCGGCGCGGGUGGUGGGGGGGGGUGGGGGCGGUGCGGGCGGCGCGGGCGUGUCGCUGGGCGCGUGGCCGUGGUUCCACGGCACGCUGGCGCGCGCGGCCGCCGCCGCCUGCGUGCUGGCGGGCGGCGCGCCGGCGCACGGCUGCUACCUCGUGCGCCAGAGCGAGACGCGCCGCGGCGAGUACGUGCUCACCUUCAACUUCCAGGGGCGCGCGAAACACCUCCGAAUGACGCUGAGCGACACGGGCCAGUGCCGAGUGCAGCACCUCUGGUUCCCAAACGUGCACGACAUGCUGGAACACUUCCGGGCGCAUCCGAUCCCGCUGGAGUCGGGCGGCGCUGCCGACGUCACGCUCACCGAGUACGUCGUCUGCAGCGACGGCCGCCAACAAUUGGGCGUAACUCACGGCAGCGACGUGAGAAUGCGGAGGGCUGA